AGUAUAAUAAAUUAACUGCGCAUGCGCAAAUACAAAGAGUAAAAAUGCAUGGGAAAGACAAGGAAGUAAUGUCUCCCCGUUCACUGUAAAAUCAUUCUCAACUUCAACAUAUUAUAUAUCCAUAGUUGAUUAUUAUAGUCCUUUUCUUGUUUCCACACGUAAAUAUUCAUUACUCAACAACUGAUUCGUUUGUUGUUUUUUACACUAAAAUUUCUUAAACAAUUUCUUCAGAUUAAUAAUUUAAUUUGACUAGUUAAGUACGUUGAUAAAAUUACGUGGAAAAGGGAAAUAAAUUAUUUUAAGUAUCCAGAGAUGCCUGAGUAAUUAAAUCCAAGUGUCACGCUAUUUUCUGAUGCUUAAGGAAAUGCAAUUAUAAAAUCCGUCAUAGUUAAAACAUUUUCUAAGAUAGUUAUUGUUAAAGUUAUAAAAUUCAAUUUAAUUUUUACAAUUUUUAUAAAUUAAAUACCGUGUAUUUUUUUACCACAAUCAAUAACGCAUCUAUACGGAGUUUUCAUCUGUUCUGACGUGAAUCUGCCAAUUUUAUUUUAUUUCACUGAAUUUAAUAUAGUGUAGAUUAUUUUAUAAUUAAUUAACGUGAUUUAUGGCAAAAAUCAAAUUUUUAAAUAACAAAUAAUAAGAAGACAAUUUAAAUAGUGGAUAUUUUUUUAAUCUUUAUGAAACAAAUGAAUUGUACAUAACCAAAAAUCUAAAUAAAUAUGGAGAAUCCGAUCAAUCAGGAAGAUUCUGAGACAAAUACUAAAGACCCAGUGAAAGCUGAAGAGCCAGCAGCAUCUAACUCUGGUGAAAGAAGUGAUGGAGCAACUUCACCGCCGCCAAACUGCAGCAUAUGCCUUGGAAAAUUGAUAAACACAUCCUUCACUGACAGCUGCUUGCACCAGUUCUGUUUUACUUGUUUACUGCAGUGGUCGAGGAUAAAAACCGAGUGUCCAUUAUGUAAACAAACGUUCAAGUCGAUUAUUCACAAUGUUAGGUCCGAGGAGGAUUAUGAUCAGUACCAUGUACCAAGAGAAACCCAUAUAUCUCAAACCCAUAUAACUACUCAAGCGCUUGCUUUGUCGAAUGCACUUUCCAAUGCUUCUAUCAGUGCUUACCAGCGUUUUGCAUACAGAACAACAAUGACACCAAGCCGUCGUUACGGGCGACUGUAUGCUGGUCUUCAAGCCAACUCCAGCCAUCACUCGCGUCAAGAAGCACCACCGGUGUCCAUUCCUCAUCCACCACCUGUGUCAGCACAAGAACGAAGACAACGUCGGAAUAUCUAUAGGUCCGGUGAAUGGUCUGAUCCAGUAUCGAAUGUGUACUCGCGGUUUCGUCAAUGUAGUGCUGAAUAUUACAGGAGAUACCCUCAGGAAAUAAACCGUUUAAUUCCAUGGAUAAAUCGGGACUUACAAACAAUAUUUAAUCCCGAACAGACUCCCAUCGCUUAUGUCUUAGACAGGAUUACAAGUUUGUUACAACGAUACGAUAUGCGAAGUCCUGAAUUUCGGAAUGAAAUAAGACCACUUCUUCAAUUAGAAACAGACCAUUUUAUUCAUGAACUUAUGAAUUAUGCGAGCACGGAUUUGACCAUGGCCGCUUAUGAUGACACUGUUACUUAUUACAAUAGUUUUAACCCUCAUGGCCUUUCGGGUUUAGGAUACUGGCACCAUGUACCAUCUCAAACCUCAAGCAGUACCAGCAGUACGAUAUCUGACGAUUCUGACAUAAGAGUUGUUGACCAUGUUGAUCCAAGUGGUUCUGAAGUUCCUUCAGUUGGUCCUCAUCUCAUAAGUUUGCCAGGUCCAAGUACAGUAAGCCAAGUACUACAACUCCAUACACCUGAGGCUCGUCCAUUUGUUCUUACAAUAACAUCGAGCUCGUCGGAAUCAGAAUGUGAAAUAGUAGGAUAUGUUAAACCAAGAUGUGAGAGAACACCAGAAAUAAUAGAGCUUAUGUCUUCGGGUGAAGAAGAAAUUGUUAAUACUAGCAGUAAUUCAGUACCUGAUCUAGAAUCACCUAGAUCUCCAUCUCCAUCGCCAAUAAAUGACCAACCAAGUACAUCAGAGUCCAGCAGAAGACUAUCUAAAAAUUCUAAAUCAAAAGUAACCCGUCAACUAGACCGAUUAUCUCCAGGAUCAAGUGAGUCGUCCAGCGACAGUGACAGCGACUUUGAAGAGAGCCAAACAAAAAAAUCAGCCAGUCGCCGCCCUUCAAAGCACUCAACAAAAGUAUCAAAGCCAAGUAAGAGCCUGCGAAAGUCAUCAGGCAAGAAGAGUGAUGUGAGUAAGAAACGUAGCAAGCACAGUUACAGCUCGUCCGACAGCCCCAGUCCCAGAGAGUCCAAGUGUCGUCGCACGUCGUUUAACAGCUCCAGGAAGACAACUAGAGCCUACAUAUCUUCAAGUGAGUCCGAUGAAGAUCAACCAAGCUUUCGUAAUAAUGAAGAGUCCUCCAAGACGGGAGAUCUUUAUAUAGACAAAGAUGACAAGUCUAAGAUUAAUUGUCGCGUCCGAGUUAGGAAGGAUUUAAUAAAUGGAAAGAAGAAACAUAAAAGAAGAACUAGACGCAGCAGCAGUACUAGUAGUACUAGCAGCAGUUCCAGUGAAAGUGAAAGUGGUUCUAGUAACAGCAGCUUGGAUACUACCUCAACAAGUUUAACUACUUCUAGUAGUUAUAAAGUUGAUAAAUAUAAAGUUGAUAAAUCUAGGAAGAAAAAACGAUCGAAGAGCAAGCGGUCGUCAAAACAAUAUAAGAGUACGUCUGAUAAUUUGCGUAGACAUAAUUCACCUAGAUCAAGAUCAAGAAGUAGAAGUAGAAGCAGAAGUAGAUCUAGAUCUAGGGAAGAAUUAAGUGAUGCUAGUGAACAUUAUUCAGUUAAUGAAAGGUACAGAGAGCGUAAAGCUGCUAAAAUUGCUAAUAAAAAAUUAAAAAAUAAACAUUUAUACGCAAUGACUGAUUCUCAAAAUGAUGAAGAAGCUUAUAGAUCAAAUAGCCAAUGCAGUGAAAAUUCAGGCAGGCAUAAAGCCUCUAAAAGUGAGAAGAAGUAUUCCAAAGGCGAGUCUAGUUCUAAAGCAAAGUCACACAAGACUAAGUCCCAUAAAAAAAGUAGCAAAAAAAAAAGAGUUAAAACGAAGAGUGGAAAUGAAAAACGGCCGAGAAGACGCAUUACUUCUUCAUCAUCUUCAUCGUCGUUUUCAUCGCCUUAGUUUAAAAAAUACUGAUUUUAGUGAAUACAAACAAUAACUCACAAGUGGGUUUUAAUUUGUUUUUGUUACUUCGUAAUGAAUUUUUAUAACCCAGUUUUUUAAUUCUUGUAUGGUGAUACAGAAAAAAAAUAUAACGUCGAGUUAUAUUGCAAUUGUGUAUUUAUGUUUUGUAAAAUAAUGAGACUAAUUUCUCUGUUCAGUAUCGAUUAAAAGAAUAAUAUUCAAGUA